CUGUAUAUUUCAAUCAAAGUAUUAGCCUAGGUUGUUGGUCUUACUUUGGACUGAAUAAAUUAUAUCCAGUUGAUCAAACACAAAAACAGGACUUCUAUUAUCAAUUAAUCAUUGUAAACACUCCUAAGAGUUUAGCUGACUUGGACGUGAUACUUAGUCUUGGGCUUACACAUUUUGAAAUCGAGAAUGAAAUUCUAUUAUUAGUUUUUUUAGAGCCUUCCACUAAUCUUGCUGCAUGGACUCCGAUGAUACUGAAAUUAAUGAUUCUCUUUUACAAGUUGGUUUACCAGUUCAAAGUAGAAUCAGUUUUUCUAAGAAAUAUAAAUCAAAGAUGACACUGAAGGCGGCCGAGUACGUUCUGUUUUGCCAUCGUUUAUAAAUGAAACAAAAAUCCUUCUACUUGUCAAGUUUGAAGCAGGGAAUGGGGAAUUCUUCAUCUCCUCUUUCAAUUUCCAUUCUCUUCUCCUUGCUUGCCUCUUUUGUUUCUCCAGCACCUCCAUAUUUUCUCUCAAGAGGGUCUUCUCUUUCAGUAGAGCAAGAAGCAGACAUCUUAAUGUCACCAGACAAAACUUUCUCAUGUGGUUUCUAUAGAGUCGGAGUCAAUGCCUACACCCUCUCCAUCUGGUUCUCCAACUCCGCCGACAAGACCAUUGUCUGGACGGCCAACCGUGACACCCCAGUGAACGGUCAUUACUCUAGUAUGACUUUGCAGAAGGACAGGGGUUUGGUGCUAACUGAUAUUGAUGGCACGGUCUUAUGGAACACCAACACCAGCUCAACAGAAGCCCACCAAGUUCAGCUUCUUGACACUGGGAAUCUUGUAGUUGAGGACGACAAGGGUGGUAUCCUGUGGCAAAGCUUUGAUUCACCUACUGACACGCUUCUUCCCUCACAGCCCAUCACCAAAAACAAGAGGCUAGUGUCAAGCAUGGUUAGAGUCAGUAUCUACAAUAGCAGCAGACAUGGAGUUCUUGAUGUGAAUGGUACAUUUAUAGCAACUGAUGGGCUUGUGUUCAUUGCUUCUGAUGCUGGUAAAAGGAUUCGAAGAAGAUUAACUAUGGAUUAUGAUGGUAAUCUCAGACUGUAUAGUCUGAAUGAGUCCACAGGUUUGUGGUCGGUUUCAUGGCUUGCUUUUCCAAAUCUAUGUCUAGCUGAUGGACUGUGUGGCAAGAAUGGUAUUUGUGUUCCUGGCACUCUGAAAGCCCUGUGUACAUGUCCUUUGGCUUAUGAAAUGGAGGACCCCGGUGAUUGGAGUAAAGGUUGCAAGCCCAAGUUCAACAUCAACUGUGGGAAUUCUCAACCAUUGACAUUUCUGGAGCUUCACAAGACUAAUUUCUGGGGGUACGACAUCAUUUCUAAUGAUUCAGUUUCAUUCGAUGCUUGCAAGGAAACAUGUCUACUGACUUGCUCCUGUGUAGCUUUUGAAUAUUGGAUGGGCAGUGGCAGCUGUUACAUCAAGAAUGAACUCUUCAACGGUAGAAGUGAUCCGAGCCAUCCGGCCAACAUGUAUGUUAAAGUCCCACUCUAUGUCAUCAACUCCUCUGCUUUCUCCAGACCAACUGGCCAAGAUAAGCAUGAACUGGUCUGUAAUCCUAAUGUUGUCAGAACUGGUUAUUUUAGAGUUAGUGGUGGUAGGACAAAAUGGCCAUAUUUCUACUGGUUUGCAUUUGCAUUUGGUGCGAUUGAAGUCUUGUUCAUUGCAUUUGGAUGGUGGUUCAUAUCCAAGAGGAAGAGGAAGCCAACACCAAUUGAGGAAGGGUAUAAGCUGAUUGCCAAGCAAUUCAAGAGGUUCACAUAUAGCGAGCUAAAAAUGGCUACAGGAAACUUCAAGGAUAAACUUGAAAGAGGAGGAUCAAGGACUGUGCACAAAGGAAUGCUAGAAGACACGAGAAUUGUAGCAGUGGAGAAGUUAGAAAUACAACUAAUGAAAUACAGCAAGAAAGAAAUACAGAGCACUGAGAAGGAUUACAAAAUUAAAAUACCGGCAGCACAAAACAAGAAAAUGAACGAUCUCUUGAACAACAAUAAUGUUAUCGAACGAGCACCGGCCAGAAACGAAUCCAGCUUGCUCUCGACCAAUCAAAUUAGGGAGAACAAGCUUCAAACGAUUAGCCAAGAGCUUAGAGAUAAUCUUAAAGUUCACGUUACAAAGAGAAAUGGGUCGAAAAUCCGAAACCGAUUUGGGUCUAUCAUUCUUGGGUAUAAUGUUAUCCAAGCAAAAGAUUUCUGGGCUGAAGUGAGUGUGAUUGCUGGAAUAUAUCACAUGAAUCUUGUUAGGAUCUGGGGGUUCUGUUCUGAAGGUUCACGCAGGUUCUUGGUGUCAGAGUACAUGGAAAACGGUUCACUGGACAAGCAUCUGUUCUCUGAGUCUGAGCACAACUCUGGUAAAACUACCUUGCUUGAAUGGAGGAAAAGGUUUCGGAUCGCAGUAGGGGUGGCCAAAGGAUUGGCUUAUCUCCACCACGAGUGUCUUGAGUGGGUAAUACAUUGUGAUGUGAAACCCGAGAACAUACUCCUGGACAGUGAUUUCGAGCCUAAGCUUACGGAUUUUGGGUUGGCGAAGCUGGUGAAGAGAGCUGGAAUUCCUUCAGUGGUUUCAAGGAUUCGAGGUACCAGGGGAUACAUUGCUCCUGAAUGGGCUACUUGUCUUCUCAUCACUGCAAAGGUUGAUGUAUAUAGCUAUGGAAUUGUGCUUUUGGAGUUGUUGAUGGGAACAAGGGUGUCAUUUAACAGCUGCAAGGUGGAUAAGGAGCCUGCAGAAGAGGAGUUGGAGCUGUUUGGUUUGCUUAGGAUGUUGAAAGGGAAACUUGUCAAGGGAUGAUCAGACACAUUGAUUAAUGGGAUUGUUGAUAAGAGACUGAACGGCCAGUUCAACUACACGCAAGCUGCAGUGAUGAUGAGGAUAGCAAUUUCUUGCUUGGAGGAGGAGGCUAGUAAAAGUCCAAUGAUGAACUCUGUGCUUGAGAUGUUCUCUUCACUUAAUUAUGAUGCUUCUGCUUCUGCAACCCAUAGGCCAUAACAGCAAGGCCCUCUUCUUUGAAAUAUAUGCCUGCAUUUGUUUUUUCGUUUUCUGACAAAAAAACAAGUCAAAGUGGAUAACCUAUGUAUUUGCUAUACCUACAAUAAUUAUGCAUGUAUAAGUUCAUUCC